AUGGAGCAGUACUCUCUGCGGGCGGCGCGGCUGCACGGGAAGCAGGUGGAGGCCGAAGGUCAGAGGCGCCGGGGGCUCUGCCUGGAGCAGCAGCAGGGCCUGGAGGGGGCAGGGGAACAGCGGGAGCAGCUCCGGCACCUGCGCCGGGAACACAGGUGGGAGUUCUGGCAGGAGCUCGACGCCAUCAUAGACGAGCACAAGCGCCUGCGCAACAUGCACGCCCCAGCCCACCUGGAGGCUGAGCUGGUGCGACUGGAGAGAACAAGGGAGAAGCUGCUGAGCCUGGAGCGGUGCCUGAUGGAGCUCGAGGAGCAGCUGGGCCCAGAAGCCCUCGAGGGCAGGCAAUUGGUGGAGCAGGAGCAGGAGGGGGCGCGGCAGCAGCUGGAGGUGGAGCUGGGCCGGCGGGAGCUGGACCUGCAGCGACGGGACAGGCUGGCAGAGGAGCUGCAGCAGCUGCAGCUGCCCUGGGAGGCUCCAGAGUGAUAGGAGACAGGAGGGACCUGCAGGACACCUGGGCACCUGUGUGGCAGCUGUGUGUCACCUGUGUCACCUGUGAGGCACCUGUGUGGCACCUGUGUUACCUGCACGUCAGCUGAGGCACCUGUGUGACCUGUGGGACACCUGUGACAGCUGCAUGUCACCUGUCACCUGUGUCCCCCCAUGUCCUCGUGUCCCCUCAAUCCCUCAUUGUCCCUCAUUGUCCCCCUCCAUGUCCCCCAUAUCCCGAUGUUCUUCCAUGUCCCCCCCCAUCCCUGUGUCCACAAUGUCCCCAAC